AUGAAUGAAAGUGAACAAACAAAAUUAAUACGACAUAAACGAUCAGACGAUGUUGGUGUAAAUGCUGACGGUGGUGAUCAAGGUGGUGAUCAAGGUGUUGAUCAAGGUGUUGAUCAAGGUGUUGAUCAAGGUGGUGAUCAACCCAACGACAAUGAUAAAGACGAUGUUGGUGUAGAUGCUGACGGUGUUGAUCAAGGUGUUGAUCAAGGUGGUGAUCAACCCAACGACAAUGAUAAAGACGAUGUUGGUGUAAAUGCUGACGGUGGUGAUCAAGGUGGUGAUCAAGGUGUUGAUCAAGGUGUUGAUCAAGGUGGUGAUCAACCCAACGACAAUGAUAAAGACGUACAUAUACUUCGUUCUAAUAAGAAUUAUAACAAGGAAAUUCAUUACGAAAACAGGAAAUUAUUAUUAUUAUGA